GUUCAUAUCUCACAAAAGAAGAAAGUACUUCAAGUAAAUUAACAAAAGGCUUGUACGAGCUACGGUUGGGUGACCUAUUCCUCCAUUCUCCGAUCCAAUCCCCCGCCGGAAAACAGUCAAUUCCGGUAAUCAUCUCACUAAAUGAACAACUGAACGAACGAUUGAUCGAUCGUGUACGUAUGGCGGAUAAGAAGAAGAUCAAGAGCGAAGCUAGCAGCAGCACCAGUACGAUCGAAAAUGUCAAAAGCGAAAGCGUCGUCGUUGACGUUGGUCGCCGGAGAAGCUCUUGCGGUUAUUGCAAAUCCGGUUCCGACACCAGCAUCACUCACGGUUUGUGGGCACACAGUUUGACUGUUUAUGACUACCAAGCUCUUCUUGACAGAGGUUGGAGGAGAUCCGGCUGUUUUCUCUACAAACCUGAAAUGGAGAAAACAUGUUGUCCGUCUUACACAAUCCGUUUGAAAGCAACUGAUUUUGUCCCUUCUAAAGAACAAGUUCGUGUAUCUAAACGAAUGCAGAGGUUUCUAGAUGGUUCACUCAAUAUCAAGAAUUCAGAUGAACAUAAGGGGCCAUCAUCUGCCAGUUCAGUACAAAAGGACAUUAUAGCAGAUAACGUACACUCGAACAACGUCGACCAAAAGAUCGUCUAUCUGUCUGACCAGAUUAAUUCAGGUGUACUCACAUGCGUAGAACAGGGGAAAUUUCCUAGUGAAAUUCAAUUCCCUAAAGCUUCUGUCAAAAGUGUUGCACCAAACAAGCGAAAACUACAAGCGGGAGAAGCUCAAGAUCUUGUGUAUACCAGCAACAUUUCUUUUCAAAUCGUUGCUGCUUUAAGACGGGUCCAAAAGAAUGUCGGCACAGAAAACGAUCCGAAAGUUGUUGCGGAAAUGCUAUCAAACGGUUUAACUAAUUCAGCAUUGGCUAUCGGUUUGUCUGUAAAAGCUUGCAAUGGACAUAUUAAUUUCUAUUCUACCGAAACACAAAUUCAGGCAGAUGCAACGGUCGGAAGACCUGCGAUUUCUCACGGGAGUUCUUCGAAUAACCCUGAAAAAUUUCAAGUCAAAAGACAGAAUCUUGAGAUUCGUCUAAAAAGGUCAACUUUUGACCGGGAAGAAUAUGAACUAUAUCGAAAAUACCAGAUUAAAGUGCAUAAUGAUACACCAGAUCAUGUGACUGAAAGUUCUUACAAGAGAUUCUUGAUCGACAGUCCGUUAAUAUUUGUUCAACCAAAUGGAGACAGUACUGUUCCGUCAUGUGGGUUUGGUUCGUUUCAUCAACAAUAUUUGGUUAAUGGCAAACUGAUUGCAGUUGGUGUGAUAGAUAUUCUUCCUAAAUGUUUGUCCAGUAAAUAUCUAUUUUGGGACCCUGAUCUUGCGUUUUUGUCACUCGGUAAGUACUCGGCACUACAAGAAAUAAAUUGGGUCAAAGAAAGUCAAAGACAGUGUCCAAGCUUGCAGUAUUAUUAUCUUGGAUACUAUAUUCACUCCUGCAACAAGAUGAGGUAUAAAGCAGCUUAUCGUCCAUCUGAGCUUCUCUGUCCUCUUCGUUAUGAAUGGGUUUCAUUUGAUAUUGCUAAGAGGCUACUUGAUAGAAAACCAUAUGUUGUAUUAUCCGAUUUUGCCACCUUGCAAAACGAGGUGGAUUUGUUGCCUGACGCAAUUGAAGAUCAGAUUGAACAAGAGUAUGAAUCGAAUGACAUUCGUGUUGAUGGGGAUGAAGAAAUGUCUGAAGGUGCUUUCGAAGACUCUGACGAUGAUGACGACGAAUCCUUAGUACUACCAGAAUCCCUUAGUUUGACGCCUACUGAAAUGCGAAAAGAUGUCAGUAAUAUUGUCAUUGGUUUGAGGGGAAUGCACCUGAAAUAUAAGGAUAUACGACAAGCGUUUGGAGCCAAGGAAAGGAACUACUUGGAGAGUCAGUUGGAUAAGUACAUGACGGCUGUUGGUACCGAUCUCUCUGAGCGAAUGAUUUACUCAGUUGGCUGAAUCAAAUGCUUUUCUGAACAAGAAACAAGGUGUUGGUUAUUAUUGUUGAAGAUCAUGUCUGCUGUUUCAUCUUUACUAACGCUAUAUCUUUAUGGAUUAUUUUUCUAGCUACAACUUAUGAUGCACAUAGUGCAAUACGAACGUGAUUUUGUGUUUGCCUGUUUGAUGAAUAUAUAUUAUCAUCAAAUGCUUCAUUUUAUUAAUCAAACUCA